CCAAGAUUCUGCUCUCCUCUGCCCUCUGCCCUCUGGCAAUAGCAAUUCCAUUUCUAUUUUUGACGUCUCUCCUUCCUCCUUCUUCUUCUUUGUGUUUUCUGACGGAAAUCGAAUUCUCUGGUACUCCGUUGCCAGGGAUUCGGAAAUCGGGGUUCCAGAAGAGUUAACCUGAAUACGGAAGCUUAGUUCUUCAGAUGUCUACGAUUUCCCUUCAAAGACCAGAUUUCUUUUCAUUUUCUUCUCGAUAUGGAUGGAGGACCCGUAAAAAAUUUCACAGAAUUCCCCUCUGUUGGACCAUAAAAAUGGAAUCUAAAUCUUCCCAAACGAAGAAGAAGGAAGAUCUUUCCAUACAGAUUGCGAAACCGCAGCCGAUUCCUCAUUUAGAACCAUCAAGGCCGUCUGAUUUAAGAUUUGAUCGGCUGCAGAGGUCGGAUCAGGGGUUGAAGCCAGGAGAGAGAUUAGAAUUUGGGCAAUUUGUGGCACGAGAGGCCGUGGUUGAUGAAGAAUUUUGGACAGCAGCAUGGUUACGAGCAGAAAGCCAUUGGGAAGGCAAACCAGGUGAAAGACACAUUGAUAACUUCAAAAGGAAAUUUGCAGAGCAGGAGUUCAAUGCCAUAAAAAGACGAUGUAGAGGGCAACAUUGGCAGAAAUGUAGGUGCAUGAUCACGGUUAAGAAAGAAGAGAGAAAUGUAAAACGCACCAUACUAAAAAGCAUAGUCGGUACCCUUGAUUUUAGCAUUCGACACUUGUUGCAUGGAGAGUCAUUUCCUGGGGAACUUGGGAAGCCUCUCUCCUGCAGUAUCCAUACAGCAAACAUAAAUAAGUACGGUUACGUGUCCAACUUAUGUGUUGCCAAAUCAGCACGUAGACAAAGCAUUGCAAGUAACAUGUUGUAUUUUGUCAUGGAAUUGGCCAGAUCAGAUGGUAAGAUGUAAAUAUCUUUCCUUAAGCAGCAGCAGGAGUUGUGCAAUGAAAGACAAAACAUUUCUCUUCUAAUCCAAUUAUUUGGAUAUGCAGGCAUUGAACAAGUAUAUGUACAUGUGCAUAGAAACAAUAGACCUGCAAAGGAACUGUACCAAAAGAUGGGAUUUGAGGUAACAACAUUAGUUUCUGCAUUGAUGCGUUCUGAUUUCCUUGGUGCCCUUGACUUAAUAUUCAUUGGGGCCUGAUACACACGCCAUUUGAUUCUCUACCAGAUGGUUGAAUUGGCAAGCUCUCAAUUGUUAGAAGAACAGACUGACUUGCUUUGUGUCAAGACAUAGAAAAACUCAAUUCAACUUGGAUUCUGGAUUUCUAUUUUCCGGUUUUUUUUUCAUGAAAAACAGAAAUCCUUAUUCCUUACACACUGAAAAUGUAGAUUUGAAUGCUCCCAUGCAGCCAAGAAUUAGGAGUUGAAAGUUGAAACCAAAAUUGCAGUCACUUUGAAUUGUGACUGCUCAGAGGUCCUCAUUGAUUUAUUAUUCCUACAGGUUAAUUGUAUAUGCCAUGGAAGCUUUCUGCUCCAAAGAGAAAAGACUGUAAACUGUGAGGUUGUUUAUUUUGUAACACCACUGUGCACAUAUGGCUACAUGCCAAUAUUGAACAAAGUUCUUUCUCCAUUUCGAUAUAAAAUGUUCCAUUUGAA